CGGCUUCCGACACGUCGGAAGGGAGUAGCCUAAGCGAUAUCUUACCGUACAAAUCUUUCUGCCAUUUUUUUGCGGGGGGAAACGUGCACACAGUCGCACUUCUCAGUCUUCUCACUCACUACAUACAAAAUCCAAUCUGUAAUGACGACAAAAAUACAUAGAAAAUGACACACGUCAAAGACAAAUCUUACACAGCUCGAUCUCUUUUUGUGUACGGACGAGUCACAACAUGCACCGCCAUAGGUACAGUUGUGUUGUGCCAGUACUUUGGCAGAGGGGAAAUAGUAUGAAUGCUGUCUCCCUUCCCUGUUGCUCGAAGGUUCCAGUCAGUUACAUUAACAAACUAAUUAAUAAUCUGGAAGUUACGAAGUAACUAAUUAAUCAUAGAUUUAUGUGUGAUAGGUCAGUGUAAUUAAUAAUCUGUGGUUCCAGUGAGUCGCGUGUAUGAAAGAUAGAGGCAAGGAACAGAAUCUCCAUAUUCUAAAAGUGUCCGCCAAAAAACCAUAUAUAGGUGGCGCUACAAUACCUAGAAUACUUGAGAAAAAAAUCUAAUCAUAUACAGCGCACUUCACUCCGUCAAUACCGCCUAUAUAGCGCUACUCUGGAGAGAUUUGAAACUAUUAUUACUAAACGUAGUGAUUAUAUGCUCUUUGCUAUUAUUUAUAGCUGACAGCAGGACACUUUUGCAACAGUUCUGCCUAAGGAGAUUUUGUUCCUUGCCUCUACCUUCCAUAGUCGCGUGUUUACAAUAAUAAUUAUUUUGUGAACAUUUUAUAAUAUCUCGAGUUAUUUAUAGCUCUUUGAUUGACACUUAAGCCAGGCUUGCACGUUUUUAUUAACAUUGCUGCAGAGUCGGCACUAGCCAGCAUACACGCAGAACCGUCAUAGACAUACAAUAUAACAGAACCGUGAAUAAAUACCUUUAGAUUUUUUUUAUCUUGCAACACAAGCUCUUAUUUCUAUCCGUUAUUUUCGUUUUUUUUUUUUAAUUUUGGCACAAUUGGCACUUUCUGCACUUUCGAGCUUCGGUAGUUGAGUAAAAAGAAAAUAAUUUCAAUGUUCUAAACAAUUAUAGCGAAAAAUCUAAACAUACAACAUAAACAAGACUACAUCGGAGUAGCAGUUGUUGGAAAAAAUAGCUCUGCUUAAGGCAGAAUAUUCACUGCAAGAAUGUGCAAAAAGAAGGCUAGUGACUGUCAGCCGACAGGAGACAACGCCCCUGUAGAAGAAGGCAAUCUUGCGAGUGAAGACGAAGACGAGCCAAUGGAUUCCGACGACGAAUAUUACUCCGAAACCAGCUCCGACGAGGGCGCCUCCGAAUCCGACGCGGACUCCGCCACCGGCAACCGCAUCACCCCCGACAUGAUCGUGUGGCUCAUGCUUAAGGAAAAUGGGAUUAUCACACAAGAAAAGUAUAAUGAAAAGGCUGAAUUGUGCGAAGAAGAUAUUAAAUCGCUGAUCCCUAAACUGCCUAAAGCGGAAUCAUCUGAAUUGUCGGAUGAUGAGAGUAGAAAAGGUGAAAAAUUAUUAAUAGCAUUUUUGGGAAAUAUGGCGCGGAUCAAAGCACAUGGGAAUAAUGGGAAUGCGGGAGGUGGAACGAAAGAAAUGACCAUAAAUGCCGCUGAAAAUAGUGUAAAUAAUGUAAGUAAAGCUAAUGGCAAUGAGGGAAGUCGAAGUGAAACUACACCGACCGAAACGACCAAAGCAGUCGUCGAAACCGCUGUAAGUGAAGAGAAAAAAGAUGUAACCGAAGAUAAAGCGGCUAAUAUUGAAGUUGUAACAACAGAUAAGGAAGAAACACAAGAAAACGUUAAAAAGUCAAAUGAAAAAGUAAACAACAAUGUGCAAGAGGUACAGAGGUCUAUGGAAAGUAAUGAAAAGGAAUGUAUUGAGAAAGAAAAACGGCCAGAAACGGAGACAUCAUCUCAACAUGUUAUAAAUGAAACUGUUAACGAAGAAUCUGUUUUAAAGGAAUAUACAGUACCAAAAUGUCUUAAAUGUUGUAAAAUUUCAUCAUUAACGGAAACUAAAGCUGAUAACAAUAGUCAGGAUGAAAAUAAUAUUAUGACUAGCGAAAACAACAAAAAUCUGUUGAAUAAAAUAGAUAAAGAAGCUGUAGAGACAAAUGAAAAUCAGCAACAACAAAAUAUUAAAAUAGAUGCAACAUCAACAAACACUGAGGAAUCUCAAAAUAUGGAUGUGAAAUCAGAUAGCAAAUCUAAUCAAGCCUCCAACAAGAAAACUAGGAGCUUCAAGUUUAUUCUUAAACAUCUAGAGAAAGAAAAGCGAAUUUCCAACGUGUACGCAGAAUAUGUUGACGUUCUGGAAACGUAUGUGAAAGAUUUAGACGAGCAGUACAGAAACAACAAGGCUAAAGAUAAAUUUGAUAAUCCUUCCAGGGAGUUAAAAGAGUUCGCUUUCUUCCUGAAUUUUUAUUCGCCAUCAUGUUAUAAAUAUAUCGUGGAAACCUUCAAUACUCCUCUACCCGAACAUAAGGUAUUAUGCUCGUGGUAUAUGAAAGAUGAUGAACAACCGGGGCUUUCCGGAAGAGCCUUUAGGAUCUUGAAGCAGAAAGCCGCUAAAAAACGGCUGACAUGCGCCUUGAUGUCGCGGGAUAUAUUUAUGAAAAACUACAGUUUGGACUACGAUCAGGUGGACUACGGCGGUGGCUGCAACUACGUAUACACCGACAAGGCGGUCAUAACGUUCGUUUUCGUGCUAGUGAGCCUAGAUGAAGCCUGGAAGAUACCUAUCGGCUACAUUUUCGCCAAACGCAUCCCGCCAGAGACACAAGCCGAGUUCAUAAGAGUCUGUUUGACGCAAUGCCACGAAGCUGGCGUGGACGUGGUAGCGGUCACGCUCGACUCGCUCACUCCUGCAGAAUUCUUGGGAUGCUCCUUCCAAGAUGUAAACAAUUUGAAGACGGUCUUUAAACACCCUAUAUGUGACAGCGAGGUGGCAGUGUGGAUCGAUCCAUGUUUAGCGAUCCGGAGCGCCCGGCUCACGCUGAAAGUCAAAGGGGUUCUACACGACGAUGCGGGAAAUAAAGUACGCUGGAAUCUCAUCAGGGUUCUGAGAGGUCUUUAUUCCGCUGAAACGGUAGAUUUCGAGAGACCGAAGUUAUUGCAACUACGGAAUCAUAUCGCGAAGGUCGGUCUCACGACGGAGAUUUUCAGCGAUAGUCUGGCGCCUGCCCUGCAGCUCUGUGAAGAACUAUUCCCACACUAUACGGGUGACACGGCACCUACACGAAGGUACAUUGAAGUCGUAAACGCGUUGUACGAUAUUCUCAAUUCGAAGGUGACCACAAAUUUGGCUGAUGUUGAGCAACAAUUGAACGCGGCGAAAGAUUACAUGAUAUCUCUAUUUUGUAAUCGCAAGAAUGCUCUGUCGCGUUUUGACAAGGAAAAUCUAACCGUUGAAAGACUUCAGUUCCGAUCUUUUGUGGAAGGUAAACCGGCGUGUGGAUUCAUCGCGUUUCUAAUUUGCAUCGAAAGUUUCAAGCACCUGUGUACGACUUUAGUUGAGAAGGAGCAGAAAAUCGUUAGCUUGAAUCCCCACCGUUUGUGCAAGGACCAUGUCGAAAAUUUUGUAAAGAAUUUAAGGGCUUUCGACCGCUUGAAUCCUGAGGAUUUCAACGGCGUCGCCUUCCAAUCAUACUACGAUUAUUUGUUUGAUGUUCUCGAGCAAAAUCCAAACUUCUCCGACAAGAACGUGAAAGUGGAAUACUGGAUGAUGAAGAAUAAGCACUCGCCAUUGGACAUUAUUAAGCUCACAUCGGGCAAGCGCGCGUUCGACGAGGUCUACUCCUUCCAGUACAGCAGGUCCAGGAAGCUGCCUAAAACUACCCACAGCGAUCUAGCGACGAAGCUAGUCCGGGAGUACUCCAAAGCUAUGGAUACUGAAAUGGACCUGUCCACGAGAAAGAACAUGGUCGGGUACUUAGCCGGUUGGAUCGCUGCAAAGUUCGCAAAGUGCCUGAAAUGUGAAGUGUGUAUAGAUUCGAUGUGUACGGACAAGAAGCAGUGGUUCCACAAGUUUAUAACCUCGACGCAUCUGAAGGGGGUGUGCCUGCCCAGCGAGGAACUGUUUCGAAUUUGCUGGGAGUGCGAGCGAGCGCUCCGGAUGAAGACUUCACCAGCUCGGCUGCGGGCCUGGCUGCUGCGGCAGCUGGCGCACGCGUUCCCGUGGGCGCGCGGCGGCCCGCACCACCCGCUGCACCGCGUCCAGCUCGCUCGCGCCGUCCUUGCCAGGUACGUCCCCUUGCGAGUCCCGGCGCCGCUGAAUGCCAGAGACACGCAGCGAGUCACGCAGAUGUUUAGCGUGUUUACUUGCAUUCAAAGAAAUUUCCUCCUCAGCGAAUUGUUACAGAUGAGAACCUUCGCCUCUGACGACGAAGUAGAUUAAACUACGAGUGGAAUAUUACAACAAAAUGCUGAAAAGAUCUUUUACUUAGUCAGAAAAAUCAUAGAGAAAUAAUUAAGCACUUCAUACAUCAGUUUUGAUACCAAAACGCUUAUUAUUUACGUAGCCGACAUCUAGCAUCGAGUAGAGGAAU